AUGGAUGAGGCACUCCCAGAUAACGAAGCCAUCACUGUCCCAGUCCUCUUGGCCGAGGUGACGGCUGAAGAACGAUCAAGGACUUUCCCAGUAGCCGAUAUCACUCAUUUUGUUGUUCAACGUUCUGACAGGAGGCUGGACUUGAUCAUGCAGUCUGUUGCAGGGAUUCCCUACAGUUUCAACAAACCUUGGCCGUUCUGGUUCUUUAUUUGCAAAAUCGUAUCGAAGGCCCUUUUUGACGACGAAAAUCAGCUCAAGUGGCUGAACGCUGUCAGGGUCCGAGACCGGGAGUUCAUUGCAUUCACCAAUACCCAGUCGAACGUUGAGGAAGCGAAGCUCCAGGUUGUUGAGAUCGAUUUACCUAAACCCCAGCCAGGUGAACCUCUGAAAUUAUUUGGGAGGCCCGCCCGAGAAAUUAUCUGCCCGAAAGUCCAGGACUGUGAGUGA